AUGUUAACAAGCACUGUAAGCCCCUUGCUGAAACUUGGCCUUUGUUUGAUCGGCAUGUGGCCUGGUUUUUCGUGUAGAACGUUUCUUUGGUUCUUUUACAUGACUACUCUCGUCGUCAUGCAAUACUUUCAGUAUUCAUACUUUUUCGCAAAAUUGGGCACAAACGAUUUUUCUAAGUUAAUGGAUGGCUUGAGCAUCACUCUAGAUUACACUCUGACGUUUCUGAAGCUAUUAAGCCUUUGGCAUAAUCGUCGAAUAUUUUCUGAUAUUUUGAGUGCGAUGAACGACGACUGGAAUAAUUGCUCCACUCAUACAUGCAUGAUGAUGAACAAGGCCAAUCUGGCGCAUCGGUGUUCUAACGUCAUGCUAACCCUUAACAGUUUGUCUGUUGUUUUUUAUUUCAUCGGCAAUUACAUGAGUCACCGCACGGUUUCCACGGACUUUCGGGAAUUUCCGAUUCAGAUACAAUUUCCGUUUGAUGCCACCGACUCACCGAUAUUUGAGUUCAUUGUUCUGGGAUUAUUUUUUCAUGUGUGGGAAACGGCAAUCGUAAUCGCAUUGCUGAAUUCCUUAAUCUUAACUUUUAGUUCUUAUUUCGAGGUACUUCACGUAAGCGGCCAGAUCGAUAUCAUGUGCCAAGAAUUGAGAGAAAUUUCCACCACGCAGAAAUCUCAUCCGUCAGCCAUGAGAUCGCUCAUCGAGAUGCAUCAGAGGAUUAUAUCCUUAUCGAAGAAUAUCGACAAUUAUUUCUCAUUUGUUGCAUUAAUACAAUUCGUAUGGAACACCAUAGUUAUCUGUUCCAUAGGAAUCAUGAUCAUGAUAUCUCUAAGUACGGAUGUGGAAGGGAAAUCAGGAUUAUUAAUACAAUCCAUCGUGCCCUACAUCGCUGUUACGUUAGAAGCUUUUGUUUUCUGUUUUGCUGGUGAAUACUUAAGUACUAAGAGUAAGUCCAUCAGCGAUGCGGCGUACGAAACACUUUGGUAUGAUCUGUCCACUAGCGAAUGUCGAAUCUUAUUAUUGAUAAUUGUCAGAUCUCAAAAACGAUUGACGAUCACGGCUGGAAAAAUCAUGGACCUGACUUUGGAAGGUUUUACAAGUCUCAUGAAAGCUUCAGCGUCGUACAUGUCGGUAUUGCACGUAAUGUAUUGA